GAGCGCUAUAAAGCAGUUUCAGUCAGGAGUUUAAAGGGCAGAGUUGUAAAAACUCCCAGGCAGUGGGGAGUCAGAUUGACUGACGAUAGACUCCUAAAGAAAAAUAAUAAUAAUAACAACAUAAAAGACCCGAAGAGCAAACUACUAAACAUAUUGAUUGCAACCUGAUUGGAAUUAGCAGUUAAAUAACUGUUAACUAGGAAUUGUUGCGGAAGGUUGUUGUCAAGCUAGCCAGGAGAAAACAAACGGUGAAGUCGUUUAAUGAGUGUGAGAAGAUUUUCCAGUGGAACUGCAAACAUUUUCUAAUCAACCAGCAUUUCUGUUAGUCCCUACUGAUUACUACUGCCUUGAGGUUUUUCAACACUCAACUAAAGCGGCUCUUGACGGCAUUUACGACGGCAAAACAGCUAUGCAGCUUGAAAUCCAAGUAGCGCUCAACUUUAUAAUUUCGUAUCUAUAUAACAAACUCCCACGACGACGAGUCAACAUCUUUGGUGAGGAGCUGGAGAGGCAGUUGAAGAAGAAAUAUGAAGGACACUGGUACCCCGACAAGCCAUACAAAGGAUCUGGAUUCAGGUGUAUACACGUGGGUGAGAAGGUGGACCCGGUAGUGGAGGAAGCAGCCAAAGAGAGUGGGCUGGACAUCGAAGAUGUCCGCAAUAACUUGCCUCAGGACCUCAGUGUUUGGAUCGACCCUUUUGAGGUGUCCUACCAAAUUGGGGAAAAGGGACCUGUCAAGGUGCUAUACGUGGAUGAUAACAAUGAGAACGGGUCAGAGCUGGACAAGGAGAUCAGAAACAGUUUUAACCCAGAGGCUCAGGUCUUUAUGCCAAUCAGCGACCCUGUGGGCAUCUCUUCGGAGUCCAGUUCCCCAUCCCCUCCAUUUGGCCAGUCAGCGGCAGUUAGCCCCUCCUUCAUGCCACGCUCCACUCAGCCUUUAACUUUCACUACAGCCUCAUUUGCUGCCACCAAGUUUGGCUCCACCAAGAUGAAGAACAGCGGCCGCAAUGGUGGCAAAGUUGCACGCACCUCUCCCACAAACCUGGGCCUGAAUGCGAACAGCUUACUUAAGCAGAAAGCCAUCUCUAACUCCAUGCAUUCUCUGUACAGUUUAGGCCUGGGAAGUCAGCAACAAAUGGCCUCCGCACUUUCUCCCAAUGCAAAGGAGUUUGUGUUCCCCAACCUCCAGGGCCAAGGGAGCUCCAGCACAAUGUUUGGAAGUGAGAAUCCCCUAAGCCUCAGCCCUCUGCAGUAUAACAAUGCCUUUGAUGUAUUCUCAACCUACAGGAACAUUAAUGACAAGUCCCUCAUGGAUGGCUUAAACUUAAGUCUCGGCAACAUGCAGUAUUCGAACCAGCAAUUCCAACCAGUCAUGGCUAACUAAUGUUGAAGAGUGAUUGUUGGCAAAAGGAAAAUUAAAGGCAAAGACGCACAUUAGCUCAAAGACUUCUAUUAGUUCAAGGAACUUUGAAUGUGGAAACAAAGAUCUCUAUUAGUCACUGAUAAGCGCAAGUGCCCAAGGGAGUUUUAUUUUCUCCUCCGUCUGUUUCUCUGCCCCCUUGAGUUUGUACUGAAAAAUUGCAUUACAGAUGUGUACAAGCCUGGUUACAUUCAAGCAACAUGUGUCAUUGUUUUCUUUCCUUUUUUUUGCCAAUAAAGCAAAAAAAAAAAAAAAAAAAA